AAGUAUCCCUGGACCUGGUCCGUGUUUUCUUAAACUGGCCCGGAAGAAUUUUUACUGCCAUCUAUUCGUCGAUUCCUCAAAUGGGACAGAACUCAAAACGUGUCAGUCGUUCUGGAUGUUUGAACUUGUUUUUAACAUCUUCCGCCUUUGAGAAAUGAAUCGAAAAGUGAAAAAAUCACAUCAGCUGUUGUUUGUCCGCAACAUCUUGUUCUUCUUCUUCCUCUGUGGUUCAAUCUGCACUUCACACACUAAUACGAUUCGGGCGAAAAGUCAUAUUUCCAACGAUGAGAAUUUCGCAGAGAAAAGAGAAGAAUGCAACAGAGUAGCUGGUAACCCAAACGACGAUGAACUAGGCGGUUUUUUAGUGAAAAUAUUGAAAAGUCUCGGAGCGGAAUUGGAAGAUUACGUGGAAUAUGGCGACGACGAACACGCCCAAACUGUUCUAAGCGAAAUAAAAAAUACAUGGGAAUGUAUAGCCCUAAACGAGAAAUCGUUGGCGAAUUCUGGCGAGACGCCUGAAUCUCUGAGAAAGUACAUGGCUAAAAUUCUAUUUCUCGUCAAGCAUCGAAAUUGCGAGUCACCAGACGAGACAUUUUUCAACGGUCAAUGUCUUCCCAUCAGUACAACAAAAAGGAGCGAACAUUGUCCAGAGCACAUGGGACUCUAUGACGAUGAAAAAAACGAAGGAUUUUGUUACUGUCUCGAACUGACGAGGGAAAAAGCGAAAUCAGAACUACGGCCAAUAUAUUCAGAUAAGACUGGAUUCUGUCAUCGACAAAAUACUCAGGGCCCCUGUGGAAAUGGAGAAUGGUUCGUACUGAAGAACACUCCGCAGUGCGAACCCGUCCCGGAAGGAUGCCCCACUGACGGUUGGCACGUCUACUGGCAUCCCGACCCUUCCAAGGCCAAACAAUGCUGGGAGAUAUGGACUCAGGGACCAUGUGAAGAAGGGCAAAUAUUACAUUUGGCACAAUACACGCAAGAAUUACAGGUUUACUGUAGCUCCCGAUUAGCCGAGCACUCGAUAGGAAACACUCUGUCAUUUCUUUUGUGCCUGGCAGGUGCAUUUAAUAAUCGUCAAAACCUAUGCAAGAAAGGGGGAUUUGUUGGUUAAACAGACUUAAUUUGUGUAUAACUGGCUUAGCUGGCAUAGGCCUCUGCUCAAUUAUGUUAUUGGCUAUUAUUACAUUUUGGUUUCAAACGAUUUUCCAACAAGUGCAAGGUGCAGAACGAUUCAAGAGUAAAUCCUUUAAAAGAAAAGAAAGUUUGAUACGCAAAAUAUUUUAGAGUAGGUUGGCUCCUAGAAACGGAAAAGGGAACGGCGACAGAUAAAAGAUCAAAGCUGCCUCUGAAUCUCAAUGGACAACAACAGCGAAAAAUAAGAGGAAAAAUAAAGAUGCGUUGGUGAAAAAUCCCGUUAAAUACAUCAAACAAGCCUGACAACAA